CGACUACCGCGCAAUCGCCAUCUGCCAUUGUUACUAAUUUAAGGUUAUGUUUUUAGUUUUGUGUUUAUUGAUUUUGAGUUGAAAAACUAGGAAAAUGAAAUAAAACCCAGCCAAAAUUUUGCUUUCUUUCGUUGGUCCGGAUAAAGGGGAGCAGAAUGUCGAAAGUGAAAGUGAGCAACGAGUGGAAGCGCCACGUGAAACAGGAGUACAUCCGACUGAGGCAACAAAAGCGGUACAAGAGGGCCGACGAGGUGAAGUUGGCCUGGAAUCAGAACAGGAUGAAGAUGACGGAGAGCUUGAUAGCGGAGCAGAAGAGGUGGACGGACAGCAAGGCUUGCUGGGUGCCUCUUCCGGACAUCCCCUCACAUGUGACUUGUAUGAAGAAGGCCGAAGUGAUAGGGAAUGAAGAUGAUAUAGGAGCGGGGGACAUCCAGGUAACACCCAUCCGCAUAAUCAACGCCGUGACGCCCAUCCCGACCAUGUACACGUGGGCACCCAUCCAGCAGAACUUCAUGGUAGAAGACGAAACGGUCCUCCACAAUAUCCCAUACAUGGGCGACGACCUGCUCGAUCAAGACGGUACUUUCAUCGAAGAAUUAAUCAAGAACUACGACGGUAAAGUCCACGGUGAUCGGGAGUCGGGGUUCAUCGACGACGAAUUAUUCGUGGAACUCGUGCACGCUCUGAUGCAGUACCAAGAACCAGACAAACCGGAGAAGAAAGACAAAGACAAAGACAAGAAUAAAGAAGACGAGAAGAAAAAGGUUCCGGAUUUUCCGGCGUAUAUUAUUUUUCAAGCGAUAUCGUCGCAGUUUCCGGAUAAAGGAGACCCGGAAGAAUUGAGGGAGAAGUACAUUGAGCUGACUGAGCGGACUGACCCCAACGCGCCCCCCGAGUGUACCCCCAAUAUCGACGGUCCUAAUGCGGCCUCGGUGCCUCGAGAGCAAACCAUGCAUUCGUUUCACACUUUGUUCUGUCGGCGGUGCUUCAAAUAUGACUGUUUUUUGCAUCGUCUACAAGCUUGCCACCCCGGCCCUAACUUACAAAAACGCCGAGGCCCCGACCUUAAACCCUUCACGGAGCCCUGCAGCCCCGACUGCUACAUGCUACUCGACUCCGUCAAGGAAAAAAUGGCCGCUAAAGCCAAACAAGAAGAAGAAGCCAAAGGUAAGUCCAACGCCGAAGCCGGCCCUUCGAGCGAAGCCAAAAGCAACGGCAGCGGAAACGGCAACGGCAACGGCAACGGCAACUCCAACCCGCGCAAAGUGUGCAAGCAACAGAGCGUGGACUCCGGCAACGAAGCCAGCUCCGAGGACAGCAACGACAGCAACAAGUACAAAGAAAAGCCCAAAAAAAUCUUUUCCAUAGACGCGAACGACCAGGACCAAGUCUCCACGACGACGAACUUCAGCCUCCUGGGGCUGAUGGGCGCCAACGACCACAAGGAGUGGACGGGCUCGGACGAGAGUCUGUUCAGGGGGAUACACAAGAUCUUCUUGAACAAUUAUUGCGCGAUCGCGCAGAUCAUGCUGACGAAGACGUGCCAGCAAGUGUACGAGUUUGCGCAGAAGGAGGACGCGGGGGUGCUGGACGAGGAGACCAUGAGGGAUUACACGCCGCCGAGGAAGAAGAAGAAGAAGCACAGGUUGUGGUCGGUGCAUUGCAGGAAGAUUCAGCUGAAGAAGGAGUCGAAUAGCAAUCACGUGUAUAAUUUUACGCCGUGUGACCACCAGGGGAGCUGCGACGUGCAGUGUCCGUGCAUUGGGGCGCAGAAUUUCUGCGAGAAGUUCUGCCAGUGUAGCUCUGAUUGUCAGAACAGGUUCCCAGGGUGUCGCUGCAAAGCCCAAUGUAACACCAAACAGUGCCCCUGCUAUUUGGCGGUCCGAGAGUGCGACCCAGAUCUUUGUCAGACGUGCGGUGCCGACCAAUUCGACAUCUCCAAGAUCACGUGCAAGAACGUGAGCGUCCAAAGAGGAUUGCACAAACACUUGCUGAUGGCGCCUUCCGACGUCGCCGGCUGGGGCAUCUUCCUCAAGGACAGCGCCCAAAAGAACGAGUUCAUUUCAGAGUAUUGUGGAGAAAUCAUCUCGCAGGACGAGGCGGACAGAAGAGGCAAAGUGUACGACAAAUACAUGUGUAGCUUCUUGUUUAAUCUAAAUAAUGAUUUCGUUGUUGAUGCUACACGCAAAGGAAACAAAAUUCGGUUCGCCAACCACUCGAUCAAUCCUAACUGCUACGCCAAAGUCAUGAUGGUCAACGGAGACCACCGAAUCGGGAUCUUCGCAAAGAGGGCGAUCCAACCCGGCGAAGAGCUCUUCUUCGAUUACAGAUACGGACCGACCGAACAGCUCAAAUUCGUCGGAAUAGAACGAGAAAUGGAGUUUUUGUAAUUGUUUUUUCAUGUUUUAUUUAAAUAAAAUUAGGUUUUUAA